AUGGAGGUAACCGAUGGGGAUCGGCCGCCAGGCGAAGCCGAAGAGGACAAUGGGGAUUGGCCGGAUGAAGAAGAGUGGGGAGACUCUGAACAGGCUUGUGAUGAUUACAUAUCAGACCUAUCCUAUGAAGAGAGCCCGAAUGGCACGAUCUACUUCGAUGAGAGAAACGAAGCCAAGUUCGAGGACUUCGAUGAGAACGACGAGGAAGCAGAUUUCGAAGCCACUGGUCGUGAACCGGCUGGAACGGAAAAGGUGCGUGGCAAUCGAUCUUUGGUUACUGCAGACCCCUGGACUACUGGAUUGGAAGGUGAUAUCGGCGACGGCGAUGAUAUCAAAGCGAUUGCUUUCCGCGCGUGUGUGACGGGAGAACAUGUCGCCUUGAACCCAGCCCGCCAGCGACUUCUGGUUGCUAGCUGCACGGAGGCCAAGAGAAACAAGUCCAAAGGCAAAGCGAAGGCAACCAGCAAGGCGGAUCCGAAGCCUCCAAAGAAAAAGAAUAAGCAGUCGCGAUAUGGUAUCGCCAAAGAUGCUUUCAUGAAGCUCAAGGAGAAGAAGCCGGAUCUGACAUGGGAUGAACGAAAGGACAGGUGGUGGAAUUCCCAUGCUCGUGAGAACGUCCUCGCAACCUUUUCCAGCUCGGAGCUUUCGCGCCGCUUCGGCGAGAUUGAGGCUGAGGAUGCCAUCCACGUGGCCGAGGUCUUUGCUCUCAUCCGACGAUCUCGGGCACGUUGCGUAAUGGUGUCCUUGGGGGCAUAUGGAGGGCCCUGCAUCAAGCAGGUCAUGCUGGUUGGCACGGCCCCUUGGCUUGGUCGCUUGGGGCGCCCUAUGACUCCGAUAGCGAGGGAACGAAUCCGACGAGUGAAGUCCUUCCUGAAGUUCGAAAGCCAUCGGCACUACGUGGACUUCCGUGGGAAAGUGCGAUCCGUGGGCCGCAAAGAUCUGAAGAAGACGCAAGAGUAUCCCGCUGCCUUCGGGAUCAAGGUGGGCGAAGCAAUCAAGAACUACCUGGAUGCCUUGCCGCCAAAUGAAAAGGCCCUGCUGCCAGAUGGCGGUGCAUCAUACCAGGACAUCCGUGACGGUGGAGACUCCUCAGAUAGUGGAUUGGAAGACAUUUUGAUGAGUCAGGGCUGA